UCUUGGACGCCUCGAGAAUCUCUAACGAACCUUCUUCUGCUUCGUCUCUCUCUUCCUCUUCUGUCGCAUUGUGUAGUGCCGGAGGAGGGAAAAAAAAUUCAGGCACAAAGGCCUCGAUAUCCUUUGUCUCCCAGGCUUCUUCGUCCUCUACGCGAGAUAUUUGGCGGUGAAACUGCUGACGGCGGGCGAUUACGGGUCCUCGACGUGGAACGCCGUCGCAUUCGUCUUGGGUUGCGUCUCGUGCCUGGGCAUGAUGGUCGUCGCUGCGUUUCCUAUGCGUUCGGUCGAUCUCGUUCACAAUGUGGCGGCGUCGUUCAUCUUCUACCCGGGGAUCGCUUAUAUGGUCAUCCAUAGUCACGUCACGAAACCCGAAUUGGGAGAUGUGUCUGCGUUGAUGGAGUGGAUCCUGGUCGUCUUUCUGGCCCUGUACAUCCUGACGUUCGUGGACGAAUUCUCUCGUAUUCGUCUGGAUCUAUCGGCUGCGUUCGUGUCUGAAGAAUUCGAGGAAGAACGACGACCUCUCAUAUCGUCUGACCUGUGAUAUUUGCACGAAGUUCGUAUUUAAAUAUAUAUGCGGGGCGAAAGGGAU